GUCUCGUUUCCCUGGCGAUUGGAGAGUUCAGUCUCCAGUGGAGUUAGGAAACACUCCCAGGCAGGUAACUAACGAAACCAAACAACACAUGCAACUCUACCUGCACAGUGUAUAGUGGAUCUACAGAGACGCGGGAGGAUGUGCGGUUUUUUAUCUAUCCUGGUCGGUGUAGUUUAAAACACCGAUCACUUUCUGUGGGGGCAGCGUUUCUGGCACACCACGAGGUCACUCAACCUGCAACGCCGGGAUGGAACGGUGCUCUGGCUUUGUCAAGGUGAUCGCGGUGAUGGCGAUCAGUCUGGCCAUUGGACUUGUGUUAGACGUGCGGGAUACUUCCGACAUGUUUAUUGGUUUUCCAUACCCGGAGCUGUGGAGGAAAGCGGGACUGGCAGGUGCGCCAGCCCGAGCUGCUGCCUGCAUCCUCGCCGGGGUGUCCUUACUGGCAUUAGGCUGGCUGUACAGGCUGAUUUUCGCUCCCCUGGAGCUGCUCCGGACGGCCGACGAAGUAGGGUAUAUUGCAGAAGAUGGUCGUUCGCGCGCACAGGUUGCCAACGAAGUGCGUAGGCGUCGGAAAACAGGGGAGCUACCACCAGUGUACCCGAACGGCUGGUAUCGAGUGCUGGACUCACACACGCUAGAACGGGGCGACGUUAAGAAUGUCACAUUACUUGGUGAGCAGGUGGCAGUGUUUCGCUCUGAAGACGGGACGGCCUACGUGGUGGAUGCCUACUGCCCACACCUGGGCGCCAACCUGGCGGUAGGGGGACGGGUCGUCGGAGGCUGCAUUGAGUGCCCCUUCCAUGGCUGGCAGUUCCGUGGCAAGGAUGGGAAGUGUGUGAAGAUCCCCUAUGCUGACAAAGUCCCGGAGUUUGCAAAGGUGCGUUGCUGGCCCAGCCGUGAGGUGAACGGGCUGGUGCUGGUGUGGUUCCACUGCGAUGGUGUUGAGCCCAGCUGGACUGUCCCGGAGCAGGUGGAGAUCACGCGCGGGGAGUGGGUGUACCGCGGCCGCACCGAACACUUCAUCAACGCGCACAUUGAGGAGAUUCCUGAGAAUGCGGCUGACAUUGCCCACCUGGCACACUUGCACACGCCAGGCAUCGUCAGCGGCGUGGACCUCCGCUACACCAACAGCAAGACCUGGGAGUUUGUGCGUCACGACUGGAAGGUGGACUGGAAACCAGAGCCGGAACCCAACCUACAUUGCUCUGAGAUGCUAGUGAAACAUGCGCUCACUGUGUUCGGCCGGCGGUGGCCACUGCUGGACCUGGAUGUGGUGGCCAGACAGGUGGGGCCCGGCCUGGUCUUCCUUCUCUUUGACCACAGCUUCCUGGGCCGUGGGCUGAUCAUGCACUGCGUGACCCCAGUGGAGCCCCUCCUCCAGUGCGUCUCUCACACCAUCUUCUAUCAGAACAGCAUUCCGCCGCUGGUGCCAAAAUUCAUCUUGCGGGCCGAAUGCAUCCAGUUCGAGCGGGACGUGAUGAUUUGGAACAAUAAGACGUACAUCUCCAGGCCCAUGCUGGUGAAGGAGGACUCGUCCAUCCAGAGACACCGGCGCUGGUUCAGCCAGUUCUACAGCGAGAACAGCCCCCGACUGCGCUACCAGCACGACUCGCUGGACUGGUGACCUUUCACCCCCGGUCCAGAAGGAGGGGCCUGCUGGGAGAUUGCGAGGCAGGGCACAAGCUGGAACUUCAGGCAGGGAGAGAUGGUGAGAGGGAAAGAGAGAAAGCAUGUUCAGAAAAGUAGGUACGAGAGGGAGAGACCGAGGGAGAAAACAGAACUCUUGUGAAAGUUAGAUAAAGUUGAUUUGCACCUACUUUUACCUUUAGUUGUCAUCAGGGAACCACCAGGAAAUUUUCCACUUUCCUCAUAAACUGCAAGGAGAGUUUUAACUUCUUUUUUCUUUUUAAUGGGAUUUCUCCCAAGAGCAAAUGAUUCAUAUAAUAUCUCUCAAUACAUAACUGCAAACUUUCCCAGUCUUGUGAGUUUUGUCCAUAGGUCCUUUCAUAAUUCUUUGUAAAUGAGAUGCCACAUUUGUAGAGCUUUGUGACAGUACCUUUCUUUGGAGAGCUAUAUCAAGGACAAUUUCACUGACUAAGUCAGGGGAACAGAUAGAGAGGGAAGACAGAGAGAGAGCGAGUGGAGAAGAUGGGAGGAUGAGGAGGACAUAGAAAGAGAGUCCCGGUAUAAAAUAGAGGGAACAGAGAGGGAUGGCAACAGGGCCCGGAGGGUGACAGAAAGGGGACGAACAUGAUUGAGACAGGAAAUGGGAAGGAUCUGUCCUUGCCCUGCGGUGAUAUUAUCUUUUGUUCAUUUAAUGAGACACAUGGGUGCGCAGUGUCUGGUUCACCUCCCUUUAUGACUGUAAUAAUGGGGCCACAUUCCAGCCGUAUAUUGCGCCGAGGUUCUGCCCGAAAACCCAGCAUAAUUAUUCUAGCCAAGCAGUGGGAGCGUUAUAUACUGAACGUGUGUAACCUCUCUGUUCCUCCUCACUCUUCUUACGUCAUUAUCUUUUACUUUAUAUCUCAAAAUCCUUGUAAGUCCAUGACCACAAUUUUAAGCUCAACAAAACUAAACAAAAGAAUAAGUGAUGAGCUCACCUUUAUCUGCAGUCUAGGGUGUUCAGAACUGCGUUGAGCCUGGAUUUGAAUGGCCAAAGGGUUUCUGCCUCUACGUGACCUGCCAAACGAUUCCACACGUUGACUUUCUACAUAAAAGCAUUCUUCCUGAUAUCAGUGCAGAAUAUCCUGAACUAAUUUACCCAUAUGCUUAGUUUGACCGGACGUCCUUUUUUUCCCAGACAAUAAAUAUCUGUCCGGGCGGAAUUUCUAAAUUCCCGAAAAUAUCUGGUUAGGUUUGCUUGUUUGAUUAAUCAUAUAAAUAAUGGCCUGAUAUGUUCAUCGUGCCUGCCCAUCAUUGUCCUCUUUUUUUGAAAACCAAAAUAUCCACCCUACCUAUGCCUCCUCCUUCUGCUAGCAGUACUCAACUUGAAAAAUCGACCUACCACUUCCCUUGGUGGCGUCAGGUAAAUCAAAAGAUUUUUCCUGCAUGUUGCCUGAAUCUAAGCAGGACUGCUCUUGGUUACUAUGCGCUAGGUUGCAAACCCCCUGGGAAAGCUCUUUGUUGAUGCCUGAAGUGAUAUUGACGGGCCAGUAGGGGGUAGUCUUCCCCCUGGAGAAAGCUGACUAUAUAGUGUUCCUGUACAGUGAUGGAAAUUCUGUCUCAAUGAGCAAAGGUGGUAAGUCUAGGAGUCAGAAUUCAAAAGUCCUGCCAUGUGUUUCUUCCACCCCUGAACUUAGUUCUGCCUCCUGGCUGAAGAACUGUGCUAAUUACCUAAUCCAGAUGAUUGGAUCAAAAUACUGCAGAGUAUUUUUGAAUUCUGAACCUGGAUUUUCCACCCCUGUUGAUAAAGAUCUUUUUCAGAUAUAUUAAACCACAGUCCUGACUGAUGCGGCCAUUAAAAGUCCUGUGCCACUUAUUGCAAAGAGUGGGGAGAGUGUUCCCUUUGUCCUGGCCAAAUUUACAACCCAGCAGUGUCAGUCUGCCCAUUUUAUCGUCCCUUGGUUGACUGCCUUAAUAAUUCCCUCCCUCUUCUUCAGCUGAUAUGAUUACAGGGUUCUGGCACAAAAUGGCCGGCAGAUGGCUGCGACACAGUGAUGGCUGAAAUGAGCUUCCUUGUGGAAGGUUCUAUGCACAUGAAUUUAUUAUUAUUAUUAUUAUUAUUAUUAUUAUUAUUAUUAUUAUUAUCACUGUGUAACUGCAAGAAUUUUAUUUUUACCUUAAAUUUUAAUAUUUAAAGGCAUAUUAUGCAGGAUUUUUUAAUCCUCGAUGUGGUCCUGUGUUUACAAUCAAAGCAGUUUCCUCUGUCCUCAACCCUGCCAACUCACCCCCAUUAUUAUAUUUUAUAUCCCUUUAUAUGCUGUUUUUAUUUUAAUAUCUCCAUUAUUUGAUAGCUGUUGCCAUCGAGGAAAAGCAAUUACAAGGCUGACUCUGGUUUUUGAACGAGCCCUGUGGCUUGUCGUUUCACUUCGCUGUACUUGUGCUUCAUCACGUCUGCCAUUUCAGUUGCUAGCUAGCUACAAAUGCUCUGCUAAAACCUGAUCCCACUCCAUGGGCUAUGUAGCCACACCCACCCACCGCCACACAGAAAAGAGCAUCAUACACAGAAACAUCCAAACACAUCUUAGAAGAUGACAUACAGGCAGAGGAGUGCGCAAAAUGUGCGCAAAAACAGAGAUUGCCUGUGUGCAUCAUACAUAUGACUAGGUGUGGUUAUUUUAUGAUAUUUUCCAGGUGAAAGCCCUGCAUAGUAUACCUCUAAAGGUAUACUUUGUCGCUGUAAGUUCCAUGAGGAUUUUUGACUCUCAGUCCCUGAUUUCAAUACAUUUGGGGCUCUGUGAAUGCCAAUACCUAUUUUGCUGAUUAAUAAGGGAAUUGAAGAAUGUCUGAGGGAUUUUUGAGCCUGUCCACCUGUCCAUUGCGACUGAAGGACAUGUAAUUAUCCCCCUAUAGGUUGUAGUUUGAAUGUCUGUCCCAGUAUUUGGGACUCCCUGUGGGGUAAUACUGCAGAUUCUCCCAUCCUGUUGUGUACCAGUGUGUUCACUGUCUCUCAUUCUCUCCCAAUCCCCAUGUCUGUCCCUCGACCUGUCUCUCUCUCUCUCUCUCUGCAUCUUUGUCAGUGUGCAGUAUGUUAAUUAAGGGAGCAUGUGCCAAGUGUUUCAUGUUCUAAUGAUAUACAGAAGCUGUUAGAUUUGCAUCUGAUAUACUUGUCAUCUGGACUGAAGCGUGCCACUUUACAGAGGUUAUAUAUAGUGAGUCUGUGAGAAAAACAAACCCAGGAAAAGCAUUUAGCUGGACAUGCCAAGAAGCUACCAGUCCCAACAAUUAUUUUGUGAAAGGCUUUAUCGUAAUUCAUAUUUGAUUUUUUAAUUGAUUUAUUUUUUGUUUAUUUAAAAGCUUUAUUACUUGAUUCCCUUGAGGCUUUCUUUCACAAAUGCUUAUUUUCCCCUUUCCAGGAAAUGUAAAAUAUAUCUCGCAGCCCAGUUUGAUUAAAUGUAAAUAAGAGUUUUAUGGGAAAGAAAUGGCUUUUAUUCUGUAGCAAAUAGCCUGCGGUGCCUUUUAAAUCACCGAAUGCUUUUGAGCUGUUUCCCAGGCCCGUGUUUGCAAUGGCGGAACAGCUUGCUGAGCCGUCGUCUUCAAUGGCUCUGGCUCUCCCGAGCAACAUGACUGACAUUUACCAGGGCAACGAGCCGCUCAGCACGGUGGCACUUCUGACAGGCAAGCGCAUCUGAGCACCUGCUUAGCGGACGCACAGCUGGGCCGCAGGACCAGUUCGGUUACGAAAGGCACGCGCCUCGCACUCCGCGCCGUCUCAUGUUCUUUAAACUGUCCCAUUCGAUAUACAUUUACGGGAGAAAAUUCAUAUUUCACGUACUCUGAAUGUUAUAUAUGACCAGACAGCACGCAGUGCUUUCAUAUAUGUCUGUUUAUGUAUUUAUUUAUCUUAAGCUCAGCUUUACAUUUGGAACAUAUAUCGUUCAUUACAUUUAUUUUUUGUAUAGUUUCAGUUAUUCUUCUGUUCCAGUCUGAAUGUCCUGUGAUUAGCCUACUUGUUUGUGCUGUCCACACUCCUCACAGAAUGUCCCUUUUAUGAAAUAAUGAACUGAUAGGGAAACAGCAGAUUGUGUUUUACAAAUUGUACAGGUAAUCAGUUAAUGGUGGUUACUUAUACAGUACUUUGAACUAAUUUUACAUUUUUAGUUUACCUCUGCAGGAUUAAAAAAAAAAAGUGUUUGGUUUGUUGCCAAAUGACUGUAGCAAACUUAUAUGAUUUGAAUUUACAUUGUGGUUUACCAACAAGAUGAAAUGAAUUGCGAGUGCCCAUGUCUAAGAAUCAGUAACAACUGAAUUUUGACUAGAUCUAUGAAUAUGAAGCCUGUAAAACAAUGUAUCUGAGAAAAAAAAAAUUGGUAGUAAAUUGUAUUCCACAAAAAUUUUAAAUAAACUAGUUUUCUUUUAUGUCCUUA